AUGGUCAGUGCACUGAACCAGCAUUUUUCGCCCAAGGUAAAUAAGUAUUAUGAGAGAUUUAAAUUUGGAAGUUGUAGGCCAAGGCAUGAUGAGAAGAUAGACUCUUGGGUGACAAGGUUAAAGCAAGCAGCUACCUUGUGUGAAUUUUCUGAUUCUGUAUUAGAGGAAAGAAUCAUAGAGACCAUUUUACUUCUCACGCCAGACCGCAAAUUUAGAGAAAGAAUAUUAGAAGCAGGUCCUUUAACUCUAAAUAAACUGAUGGAAUUUGCUAGGAUGAGAGAAGACUCAAAGUCACAGGCUGAUUCCUAUGAAACUAAAGAGUUUGUGAGUAAGGUACAGGAACAUAAGGGUAGAAGGCUACCAGUUUCUGUACAGAGGAACAGACCAGGUGAGUUACCUCCAAGAAAUAAGCCAAGGACAUCAGAUCAGAGAUAUCCUAGUGCACAGGGCUGCCGUAGGUGCGGUAGGGAAAGCCAUAGAGCUAAGGAUACCGAUAAAUGUCCAGCUAUGGGUAAGCAGUGCAAUAACUGUAAAAAAUGGAACCAUUUUGCUCAAGUUUGUACAAAUAAGAGAAAUCAGAGGUCAAGGAAUGUAGUAUAUAAGACUGGGGACACACAAGAGUCUGACUUUGAUUCAGACAAAGAUUGGGUAUUUUCUAUUAAGUAUAUUGAGGGUAGAAAGAAAAGAAUAUAUAUAGAUGUUCAAUUAAAUGGCAAACCAGUAGUAAUGCAGCUAGAUACAGGGGCAGAUGUUACUAUCUUGCCGGAGUAUAUAGCUAAGACAAUUCCUGGUAUUAAGAUGCAGCCAGCAGAUAAAGGACUGCAGACAUAUGGGUCACAUGGGUUGACCGUAAAGGGUAUGGCUAAAGUAAUGGUAAAGUAUGAAGAUCAGGUGCAUGAAGAUUUACCUUUAUAUGUUGUGAAAGAGAGAGACGAAUGUCUUUUAGGAUUGCAAUGGUUAUCCCAAAUUAACUUUAAUUGGCCAAAGGUGUUUGAGAAAGUAUCCAAGGUAAACAUAAGAAAUUUAUCAUCCAUAAAUGAGAUCAUACCACUAUACCCUGAAGUUUUCUCUGAGGGUAUAGGUACAGUAGCAAAUAGCCAAGCCUCAUUAGCACUGCAACCAGAGGCAGCUCCGAAGUUCAUGUCUCCCAGGAAAAUUCCGUUUGCAUUGAAGCCUGCUGUAGAACAAGAGAUUCGCAGAUUGGAGGCUGAAGGAACCUGGGAGAAGGUUAAUUAUUCAAAUUGGGGUACACCUUUAGUACCAAUAGCAAAAAGAGAUGGCAGUGUAAGACUCUGUGGAGAUUAUAAAGUAACUGUAAAUCCACAACUGCAGGUUGCACAACAUCCGCUUCCAAAUAUUCAGGAUAUGUUAGCUGCUAUAGGAGAUUGCAGAGUAUUUUCAAAGAUUGAUUUAAAAUCUGCAUUUUUACAAUUAAUGAUGGACGAUAAGUCACAAGAGAUUUGUACACUGAGCACUCAUUUAGGGUUGUUCAGGCCAAAAAGACUGCCAUUUGGAAUAGCAUCAAGUCCAGCUAUUUGGCAGCAAACCAUGGACAAGAUAUUCCAUGCCUUACCUGGAGUAUUUUGUUUUGUAGAUGAUAUUUUGAUAGCAGGAAAAGAUGAAAAAGAACAUCUUGAAAGAUUAUUGGCUGUUUUAGAUAGAAUCAAGGAAAAUGGAAUGAAAACACACAAAAGUAAAUGUCACUUCUUUGUAAAAUCCCUAGAGUAUUUAGGCUUCAAAAUUGAUGGUAAAGGUAUCCAUAAGACAGAUGAAAAGGUUAGGGCAGUAAAUGAUGCCAAAGUGCCAGAGAAUGUUAAAGAAUUACAGUCAUUUUUAGGGUUAGUCACAUUUUAUGGUAAUUUUGUUAAGAAUUUAGCCACUAUUGCUAGCCCAUUGUAUAGUUUGACCGCAAAAGAAGUUCCAUGGAACUGGUCAGCAAAAUGUCAAGAAGCUUUUGACAGGAUUAAGGCUGAGAUAACUAAAGAAACAUUUCUGGUACACUACAAUAAAGAUUUGCCUGUAAAACUAGUGUGUGAUGCAUCGCAAGUAGGGUUAGGUGCAGUAUUAGCUCACGUUAUGGAAGAUGGUACUGAAAGACCCAUUGCUUUUGCAUCAAGAUUACUGAAUAAGGCAGAACAGAGAUAUUCUCAGAUAGAGAAAGAAGGAUUAGCUUUGGUUUAUGGUGUUAAAAAGUUCCACAUGUACCUUUAUGGCAGAAAGACCUUUACAUUAGUAACGGAUCACAAGCCACUAUUAGCCAUUUUAGGACCAAAGAAGAGUCUGCCGGAAUUAGUAGCAGCUCGUUUACACAGAUGGUCAAUAACCCUAGCUGCCUAUAACUAUGAUAUAGAGUAUAGGUCAACAGCUAAGAUGGGGAAUGCAGAUGCUCUGUCGAGACUGCCAGUCGAUCAGGCUUCCAGUGAGGAUUCAUCGAGCAUUUUGUUGGUAGACGCAUGCGAGUUGCCGGUUACAUCGAAGCAAAUUGCAUGUCAGACUAAGAAGGAUCCCAUAUUAUCUAGGGUUUUACAGUGUUUGUCACAAAAUAAUAAGGAUGUAUUGUCGGAGCAGCGAUAUAAGCCAUUUACAGACGUGUGGUCAGAGUUGUCUGUUGUACAGGAUUGUAUAUUGAGAAAUACCAGGGUAAUAAUCCCGGACCGUUUGAAAGGUAGAGUUCUAGCGGAGUUACAUGCCGAACACCAAGGUAUUGUACGCACAAAGGCAAUUGCUCGUACUUUUGUGUGGUGGCCUGGUAUUGAUAAUGAUAUUACGACUUAUGUAAGAAACUGUGAGGGAUGUGCAUUCCAGCAGAACAAUCCAGCUCCCUGUAAGACACACCCUUGGGAGACACCUAGUACUCCAUGGCAGAGAGUACACAUUGACUUUGCAGGUCCAUUUCGAGGUCACACUUUCUUGAUUGUGGUUGACUCAUUUAGUAAGUGGCCUGAAGUUAUACCAAUGACCUCUACAACUGCAUAUAGCACCGUGAGAGUGCUCAUGUCCCUAUUCGCAACACAUGGUAUUCCUGAGCAAAUUGUGUCGGAUAACGGACCUCAGUUUGUUUCAAGUGAGUUUGAUAGUUUUUGUAAGGGGAACAACAUCAAACACAUUCGUAGUGCUCCAUAUCAUCCCGCAACGAAUGGUGAGGCAGAAAGAUUUGUACAGACGUUCAAGUCUAACAUGAAAUGUAGAGGCAGUAGCAGAUCUGGUCUCACCGCUAACAUAAACAGGUUCCUAUUAUCAUAUAGAACCACUCCUCAUGCAACCACAGGUUGUUCACCUUCGUUUCUGUUGAUGGGGAGGAGGGUGAGAUGUAGGUUAGAUGCAAUGACACCAAAAUUAGCUGUAGAACAAAAGAGUAAAACCGAGACUGUGAAGGACUAUAGAGAAUUUAACAUUGGAGAUAAAGUAUUGAUAAGAUCAUAUACUUCUUCAGAAGAAAAAUGGUUUGAAGGACAAGUUGUACAAAAGCUAGGUAAAUUGCAUUACAUAGUAAAAGAUGAGGAUGGUCGAGAGAUGAAAAGGCACAUUGAUCAAUUGAAGUUAUCACAUCUAAAGAAGGGUGUAAUCAUAAUUCCUUCUGUGCAGCAAGAUCAAUCAAUACAGCAGGAAAAGAAGGAAGUUAAAGUAGAUCAGGAGAAUAUGCCUGCUGAUAUACCUAAAAAGAGAGAGUUACCACAAAGGUCUACCAGAAAUAAACUUCCGGCUAGGUAUGCUGACAAUUAUAUCCUUACGGGAAGAAUGUAA